UUUAUUUUAGCGCCGCCAGUGCCGCAUUUGUCACUUAAAAUUUAUUUAUAUUUUAUUGUUUCAGCAUAAUAAUUUCCGAUUUGGGAUAAUUCCCUGAUUACCAGUAUAUAAGUGAAUAAUCUAUGUCCCUGAUAGUGUUUUUGGCGGCACUACUUUUGACGUGUGACAUUGAAUUUUGGAUUAAAGGUCUCGUAACCAAGCCAUAAAAUCAUAUAAAAGAAGUAAAAACAUUGAAUUUCAGUUAUUAUAAUUUGGUCAUUUUGACUUUUGAAUCAGUCAAUAUUCCGUAAACCAUAAUAUCCAAUUUAUUCAAUUAUUAGCUAUAUUUUUAAUCAAGACCUGAGAAGAAGUCGAAGAAUUAUAAUUAAUUGGAAGUAGGUGUAAAACAAUAAAUAUCUAUUUAUGUAAUGUUAUGAUGGUAGACUUUAUGGUACAAGCUCUUAAUUUAGGAAGAGAAGCUUUGGAAGCAAAAGAGGUUCCAGUGGGAUGCGUAUUUACACGAAAUGGAGAAAUUAUUGCAGAAUCUAGAAAUACUGUAAAUGAAACGCGAAAUCCUACUAGACAUGCCGAAAUAAACUGUAUAGAUAAGGUUAUAAAUUAUUGUAAACAAAAUGAUAUUCAAAGUAGCUUAAUGUUCGAGCAAAUAGUUGUUUAUGUUACUGUAGAACCUUGUAUAAUGUGUGCAGCUGCGUUAAAAAAAUUACAAGUUAAAGAAGUGAUAUAUGGUUGUGCCAAUGACCGAUUUGGCGGAAAAACAGUUCUCAAUGUAGGUGAAAUUUAUGAGAAUGGUUUCAAACUAACUGAACACAACAAAGGAGAUGAAGCUAUGCUUUUAUUGAAACAAUUUUACAAGGGCACUAAUCCUCAUGCACCUGCAUCAAAAGUCAAAAGAAAAGAGUAAAAUUAAAAGUUGAAUAAAGUUUAGGAAUAAAAACUAAUCAUUUUUGAAGAUAAAAUUUAAAUAUGAUAAGGAAUUAUCUAGUUAAAUCAUACUAUAUUACCGCAGCAAAUGAUGUAACUAAAUAAUGUGUAUUUAUUAAAACAAUGAUCAACUGA